GAGGGGGCGUCUGCGGCCCCGCGGUAUCCCUCCGCCCCUUCCCGACACGCUCGCGGCAAACGGGUCCUGCCGCAUCGAGUCCUGCGCAGCCCCUGCCGGCUCUGCUGCAGAGGCGUGGGCGCGCGUCUUCGCAGUUCUGCUGGCAGAGCGCUGGGAGCGGUGGCAAUCGGGGCGCCGGGCUGCGGGCGAGCGGCGAGCAGGCACCUGUUGAUGUCACAGUCUCCUGUCUGAGCCCUAGGUCUGCUGAAUCCUCACUCCCCACAGUGCACAUCUGUACAGGAGAGGCUUGAGAAAAAGGAGAAGCAGAAAAAUGGCCUGGAUGUUUGGAGGCCUGCUUUAAGGCUGGUCGGUUCUUGAAGAAAGCAAAAAAGGAGACGCGCUCACAUCUCUGGAGGCUGGAGGCUGCAGUCGACUGUGGGGACUAAUAUCACUUGAACAAAGAAAGGAGUGGGAGAUUGCAGCACACCGGUUCAGAUCCACCUCCUGUGGUAGUGCUGAAGUUCUGCUGGCCACCACCCCGAGUAGUUCUGCACUCAUCCAGGAACCAUUUAGUACACCCCAACCUGGUUGUGCCUCUUCUUCACAUUAUCUGUAUUUUUGACUGAGAUUGUGUUUGGGUAGGAGCCCGAGUAACUGCUGGAUCGAUUUUAAGUCGUCUUCUUCACUUUAUCUCCUGCAUCAUAAAAAAAGUGUGCCAAGGUUCAGAUCUGUGAUAGAUCUGUUGUAUAGACUGAAAGUGUCGUGUGGGUACUUAAUUGAGCUUUCUCUGUUACCUUUUACCAUGACUGGGGCAGAAGUUGAGUCUAGUGCCCAGGCUAAGCCUGAAAAAAAGGUCGGGGAAGAGGGCAUUGGUGGGGCUGAGCGAGAGAAUGAAGUCCCUUUGGUGGUCAGACCCAAAGUUAGACCCCAGACCCAGGUAAUGGCCGGAGCAAAGCCUAAAACUGAAUCUAAGCCUGUGCCUGGAGCAAGAUCCAAAACAGAGUCAACAGCAAUAGCUGGGGCAAGACCUAAAUCAGAGACCUCAGCUAUACCUGGAGCAAGGCCUAAGAUUGAGUCCCCAGUCAUGGCUGGAGCAAGGCCCAAAACUGAUGGGAGGGCAGUGGGUGGUGCACGUCCUAAGACCGAGGCCAAGGCAAUCCCUGGGGCAAGGCCUAAGGAUGAUGCUCUGGCGUGGUCCCAAACUGAGUUCGGGGCUGAGGCAUUAUCUCAAGGAGAUGGAGCAUCCCAGUCUAAUGCUGUCACAUGGCCAUUGGUCCGUACUGAUUCUGGGUCAGUUACUAAAUCCAAAUGCUUGUCUGAUGAUUCAGAACUGGUCGAUGUGGACUCUGAAACCUUUUCUAGACUUCAGGUCCAGACAUUAGUCCAACCAUGGUUUGUAAAAGGACAGGAGACUAACGGAGGUUCUUGGUGCUAUCCCAGGCCCAGAAACAGAGAGGAUGUCUCUAUUGAAUCUGGAUUUUGGUCAGCAGAUGAGACCUCUGCUGUGUCUUCUUUGUGGGGUGGAGAAGAGACUAGUAUCAGAUCAUGGCCCAGGGAAGAAGCUAAUACCAGGUCCAGGCACAGGGCUAAACAUCAGACUAACCUCAGGUCCAGGCCCAGAUCCAAGCAAGAGACCUAUUUUGAUUCUUGGUCUGGGUCUGAGGAUGAGGCUGGCAGCCCAUUCUGCUUUUGGACUGGGGAAAAUACCAGUAACUUGUUCAGACCCCGAGUGAGGGAGGAGACAAAUGCCAGGUCUAAACUCAGAACAAAGAGAGAGGACUGUUUUGAAUCUGAGUCUGAAGAUGAGUUCUAUAAGGAGUCCUGGUUUCUGUCUGGAGAAGCCAGUAGUAGAUUCAGGCCCAGAGACAAGGAAGAGCCUAAUAACAUCUUGAAACCCAGGUCCCAGAAAGAUGUUAAAAUCAGUAAUAGAGCUGAACAAGAGCCCAGGUAUAAAGAAGAAGUUAUUAUUGGGUCCUGGUUCUGGGCAGAAAAAGAGGCCAGUUUGGAGGCUGGAGCUUCAGCAAUUUGUGAAUCUGAGUCAGGAGCUGAGGAGGGGGCCAUUGGUGGAUCAUUGUUCUGGACUGAAGAAAAGUCCAAUUUGGGGGCUUUGGCCAAAGAGGCCAGACCUGAGUCUGAAGAAGAGGCCAUAUUUGGAUCCUGGUUCUGGGAUAGAGAUGAGGCCUGCUUUGACCUAAAUCCUAAUCCUGUGUACAGGGUCAAUUGCAGGUUUGGAAAUUCAGUGGAAGAACCUGAUGAAUCAAACAGGCCCAAAUCCUGGGAUGAGGUUACUGUUCCAUACAAACGUCCUUAUCGUGCAAUUGGCUUUCCGCCCCUGACUUCUUUUAGAAUUCCUGAGGGGUCUUAUGAAGCAGUUGAAGGAAAGCCCAACAACAUGGAACUUAGCCAAGAAGGGGAAGAGGAUGAUUUUUUGUUUGAACCUGGUCAGUUUGACUCUGUGUUUCCAUUUCAAUAUGAUCCUUCCUACCGGUCAGUCCAAGAAAUUCGUGAACACCUUAAAAUCAAGGAGAGUGCAGACCCUGAGAAUUGGUCUUGUAGCUGCAUACAGUGUGAGCUUAAAAUUGGGGCUGUAGAGUUCGAAGAACUCCUUCUAUUGAUGGACAGAAUUCGGGAUCCUUUUAUUCAAGAAAUCUCUAAAAUUGCAAUGGGUAUGAGAACUGCUUCUCAAUUUACCCGGGAUUUCAUUCGGGAUUCAGGCAUUGUCUCUCUCAUUGAAACAUUGCUGAAUUAUCCGUCCUCUCGUGUUAGGACAAGUUUCUUGGAAAACAUGGUUCAUAUGGCUCCACCAUAUCCGAAUCUGAAUAUGAUUGAGACAUUCAUAUGCCAAGUGUGUGAGGAAACCCUUGCUCAUAGUGUGAAUUCCGUUGAGCAGCUGACUGGAAUAAUGAUGCUUAGACAUCUCACAAUGACUCCUGACUAUCACACACUGGUUGCCAAUUAUAUGUCUGGGUUUCUUACCUUAUUAACCACAGGCAAUGCAAGAAUAAAGUUUCAUGUUCUGAAAAUGCUGUUGAACUUGUCUGAAAAUCUUAAGGUGGCAAAAAAUCUAUUUAGUGCCAAAGCUCUGUCAGUUUUUGUGGGUCUUUUUAACAUAGAAGAGACAAAUGAUAAUAUUCAGAUUGUUAUUAAAAUGUUUCAAAACAUCAGUAAUAUUAUAAGAAGUGGCGCAAUGGCCUUCAUUGAUGAUGAUUUCAGUCUUGAGCCACUUAUUUCUGCAUUCCAUGAGUUUGAGGAGUUGGCUAAGCAACUGCAAGUCCAAAUAGACAAUCAGAACGAUCCUGAGGUGGGACAACAGAGUUAAUGUGGUUAACCACCUGCUGCUGAUCAGCCUUAUGUUUCCAAAGAGCGCUGAAUAGUGCUUUAGUGUUCACAGUCUGGUUUUAUGUUGUAACUUAUAUUUUUAAUGCUGCUGUUAACUUGUUGACCUCGUGUUUUAUGCUGGAUCAUUUUGUGGAUGCCAAAUGAAUAUUGAAACUGAAACAUAUUUGUUGAUAUUUGUCUUGCUGUGCAGAUUGUGAUAUUUUUUAGUGUUGAGCUUCCAGUGAACUGAGUCAUCUGAGUAAGCUGCCUUGCUAUUCACUGUUUAAAGAUGUGGUUCUCUACUUGAGUCUGUGUUUUCAAUAAAGUUCAAUGCUAAAACCGGCACAAAUGACCCUCUUUCACUUUAAAAAUGACAUGUAGAUACAUGUGAACACUUCUCUCCAUAGGUAAUUGGUGUGAUGAACAUACAUGCUUAUUAGAAAAUCCCAUUCUUAGAUCUUAAGGGCGUGAUCGCUGUGGGAUGUAGUACUGCAGGAAAGCUUAAGAGAAGAGGGAACUACUUAAAU